AAAUCAACACAAAAUUGGGAGGAAUUAACCGCAUUCUAGACCAACGGCCGGACAAACCGGAAGUCCUACGCAAACCCAAUUGGCGGGUAAUGAUUAUCGGCGCCGACGUCACACACCCGGCGCCCGCAGACAAGUUGGAGACAUCGGUGGCCGCCUGUAUCGGCUCCAUAGACGCCGAUCACUGCAAAUACUCGGCCACUAUUCGGGCUCAGGAGAGGACUACCAGAGCGCAGGCCGUGGAGAUGAUCAAGGAGUUCGACCUCAUGAUUAGGGACUUGUUGGGCGAGUAUACCAAAGCGCUGGGAGGUCUGCCCAACCAUAUCAUCUAUUAUAGGGAUGGGGUGUCGGAGUCGCAGUUUGAGACUGUGCUAGACUACGAGCGCCGGAAACUGCUUGAGGGCUGUCGCGCGGAGGGCUGUACCCCGAAAGUGACGUUCAUUACGGUUCAGAAACGACACCACACGCGCUUCCGACCCAUGGACGCGGCCCGGGGUAUAGGCCGCAUGCGGAACAUACCGCCCGGCACUACAGUGGACAGCCAUGUCGUGCACCCCACGGACUUUGACUUCUACCUGUGCUCUCAUGAGGGCAUUCAAGUAGGCGUUGGUGUAGGUACAUCCCGUCCCACCCAUUACUACGUACUGCACGACGACUACGGCUUCAAAGCCGAUGAGCUCCAGAAGCUGUCGUACUACCUGUGCUACGUGUACGCCCGGUGCGAUAAGCCCAUCAGCAUACCGGCGCCCGUACAGUACGCCCACUUGGCCGCCUACCGCGCGCGCAGUCACAUCGUGGCCUAUAAUCAGGGCGGCGACGGCCCCUCCCGUCCCGCGCGCGACGAGACUGAACCCCAGCGCCGGCACCGGGAGAACGAGUUGGCCGCCGAUCUCAACCGUCGCAUUACAGUGAACGCGACGGUCAAGAAUAACAUCUUGUGUUAUCCGAUGGCGUCCAGUGAUGGCCAGGCCCUCAAAGUUGGCACUCAUAUCAUAUAUGUGUUGUGUGUGUGUGGGGACAGGUGGUUAGGGAACGUCCAGUUCCUCCUGCUAGCAUACCUGUCCCCCUCUGGCCAGCACUGUACCCCGAGAACCGGCUCAAACACGUCGGACACGUCCACGAGUUCGCACGUCAAACGGUCGGCCUCUUACCGGAUAGCACUGCGACGCUCAGCACCGGUAGUGAAGUCGGCGCCGGGACCCGACUCGGGCACCGACAGCGACAAUGACAGCCCAAACACGCGCGACAACAGCCCCAACACUACAGUCAAAAGUGUCGCUACGAUGAACGGCACCGGCGGUAACGGAACGCCUAUCGUAGUCACACAACAGCCGCAAAUAUAUCCCGAUUUAAGAAAAGAGAGUGGAAAUGGAGUUACGGCGGCACCGGGAGGUGACAAACCAGAGCUCGAGCCUAUGCUCCAGUCGGGUAAGGGUGGGGCUAAUGGUGCGGAGCCCGAGAUAGGCGGCGCCCUACCCGGCAGUCAUAAGGCCAGCGAAGUGCACUACGAGGAGGGGAACGGGUGUAUGAAGUGGUGCUGUUGUUGGUGUUGCUGUAAUUACUGUCAGUGCUGUCCCAACUGCUGUAUGAAUGGUAUGGUGCGAGUGGAGGGGUGGUUCAAUGGGGCGGCCGACUGGACCUUAAACUGUUUCCGCAGCUUGUUU